AUGCUAUAUUACUCAACGCUAGUGUUCUACUUCCUGCUUUGUCUUGGAGCAGUGCUUUGGUUUAUAUUUGGACUAGGUUGCGCUUUCAAAAGGAUGCAAAGACAUAAUAAAGUGGUAAGGAAAAAGCUUUAGGAAAUUAGGAACAAGAUCAGCUGGAAGAAUGAGCUAGAUGAGAGAAAGAAGAGUGAGUUUCUUGUUGUCAGAGACUACGUAUAACUUCAAAACAACAAGAGAGCUUACAUUGAGAAGAAGAUUAAUGGUAAGAAGGAGUAGGAACUACCGAAGUCAGUCAAAGAGGCCAUGAAGAGAUCCCAGGAAAAAUAAAAAGUCAGAAAUAGACUGAGGUUUGAGAAGGACAUUAAAGAGCUGCAUUUGUACAAGAGAAGAAUACCCAAGUGCUUGUACUUGCCGAACCCUGACAUAAGAAGUAGAGAGGAGAGUGAGGAUGAUGUAGAGGAGGAUGAUGACUUUGACAGGAUUGAUUCACAGCAAAGCUUGAACAUGCAUUAGAUUGAUGAAGAUAAUCCAGGACAAACAAGCAAUGAUAAAAGAAGAAUGCUUUAUGAAAAAGAGAAAAAUGAGAGUCAUCUCAAAAGGACCUAAAGAACAGAGAAGCACUUCAAGAAAGAAUUUAUAGACAGUGUCUAGUACAAGAAGAAAUCAAUCAAGUAUGGCAAGCUUAGAAAACGAAGACUUAAAAAUGUAGAGCAUUAACCCCCUAAUAAGAGUUAAGAGGAUGAUUAGAAUAGUAAGUAAACUUUAUUUGCGGUGCCUGAUUAGGCUGAGAUUAUCAAGAGGCGCAUGUCAUUUAGUAAGAGAGAUAACUUAAUGAACAGCGAAAUCAAGAAGCAAAUAGACAAUUUCAUGAGUUUGCAUUUAAACCAUUUAUCGUCAUCUGGAGAGUUCAAAAGUUAAAGUGGUAGUUAGUCAUCUUCUUAACCCCGUGAAAAUGAAGUUAAUGAAAAGAUAGAUUAUUUUAAAGAAGAUUGA